AUGCCGUCUUCAGGAUCUAUGGACCAUCAGCAGAUCACGGAGAGCCAGCCAUCGCUCGCCCUUGGAUUGGCGCCAUCAACCUCGUCCGUGGCUUUCAGAAACAAUGGCCACAAGACAACCACCGAUCUAUCUACUGACCCUACCCAGCCUAUCCAGCCCACCGAGGAUGUCCUGUCGGGAAAUACAGGCAGCUCUAUCACCACCGGCACUAAACGAGCUGCUCCGGAUAAUACCCUUGAUUCAGCUGAUUCUGGUGUGAAGCGUGUGAAGCGUGUGAAGCGCUUCGCAACUUGGAAGGAGGCAUUUCAGCCCAUUGUUGAUUCGGUACCAUCCGAGGAUGCACCCAUCCCGGUUGUUCGACGGUGGUUCCGCCAAAUCGGAGGCCUACAUGGAAUAGCUCGUCGAGAGCUUCUCGAACUUCGUCGGAUGUGUCUACUCGGCCACAACUUGCGUCAGGCUGACUAUUCUGACCUGAAGGAUUACUUGGUAUCCAUUUCUCAAGGGGAUGGAUCUCUCCGCAUGCACGCAUCUAUACUUGCAGCUAGCGCAUACGAGGCAGUAUGCUUGAAGAAGGCUAUGGAGGCAGAAGGCCUCAAGACAAAUAUAACGAAGGGUACCCAAACUAGCCUUUACUAGAGUUUCAUUCUGUGUCCUGCAAAUCAUUCUGGACAUUAGACGGCCUUCAUUAUCUACAUCCAAGUCGACAUACAGUUUUUAUUGUGUCACGACCUAAUUUGUAGUACAAUCCUU